CGCUGGUCCUCUCCGUCUUCACCGCGGUGCUGGGCUUCUUCCAGUACGGCUACAGCCUGGGCGUCAUCAACGCCCCGCAGAAGGUAAGUGCCCAGCGGGGUCCUGGGGAGGACAAUCCCCCCAGCAGAGCCCGGGGGUGGCUGUAGCUCUGAGCUGAUGGCAUUUUCCUCUUUGCCUGCUGCAGGUGAUAGAAGCGCACUAUGGGCGCAUGCUGGGCGCUGUCCCCAUGGUGAGGCAUGCCACCAACGCCUCCAGGGACAAUGGUACUGUCACCGUCACCGUCCCAGGCACAGAGGCGUGGGGCAGCUCCGAGGGGACGCUCCCACCCCCAGGUGGCUUUGAGGACCCCGUCGUGUCCCCCCACAUCCUCACCAUGUACUGGUCCCUCUCCGUCUCCAUGUUCGCUGUCGGCGGCAUGGUCUCCUCCUUCACCGUGGGCUGGAUCGGCGACCGGCUGGGGAGGGUGAAAGCCAUGCUGGUGGUCAACAUCCUCUCCAUCGCGGGCAACCUCCUCAUGGGGCUGGCCAAGCUGGGGCCAUCGCACAUCCUCAUCAUCGCUGGGCGGGCGAUCACGGGGCUGUACUGCGGGCUUUCCUCCGGCCUCGUGCCCAUGUAUGUGAGCGAGGUCUCUCCCACUGCCCUCCGGGGAGCGCUGGGGACGCUGCACCAGCUGGCCAUCGUCACAGGCAUCCUAAUCAGCCAGGUCCUGGGUCUGGACUUUCUCCUUGGCAAUGACGAGCUGUGGCCGCUGCUGCUCGGGCUGUCCGGGGUGGCUGCUCUGCUGCAGUUCUUCCUGCUGCUGCUGUGCCCCGAGAGCCCCCGCUAUCUCUACAUCAAGCUGGGGAAGGUGGAGGAGGCCAAAAAAAGUCUGAAAAGGCUCAGAGGAAACUGUGACCCGAUGAAAGAGAUUGCUGAGAUGGAGAAGGAAAAGCAAGAAGCUGCGAGCGAAAAGAGGGUGUCCAUCGGGCAGCUGUUCAGCUCCUCCAAGUACCGGCAGGCGGUGAUCGUGGCACUCAUGGUUCAGAUAUCGCAGCAGUUCUCAGGCAUCAACGCGAUCUUUUACUACUCUACAAAUAUUUUCGAGAGAGCCGGCGUUGGCCAACCAGUUUAUGCAACCAUUGGCGUUGGAGUGGUGAACACAGUCUUCACGGUUAUCUCCGUCUUCCUGGUGGAGAAGGCAGGCAGGCGCUCGCUGUUCCUGGCUGGUCUGAUGGGCAUGCUAAUCAGUGCCGUGGUCAUGACGGUUGGACUUGCGCUCCUGAGCCAGUUCGCCUGGAUGAGUUAUGUCAGCAUGAUCGCCAUCUUCCUCUUUGUUAUAUUCUUUGAAGUUGGGCCUGGGCCCAUCCCCUGGUUCAUUGUAGCCGAGCUGUUCAGCCAAGGCCCUCGCCCUGCUGCCAUCGCCGUUGCCGGCUUCUGCAACUGGGCCUGCAACUUCAUCGUGGGGAUGUGCUUCCAGUACAUCGCGGAUCUGUGCGGACCGUACGUGUUCGUCGUCUUCGCCGUCCUCCUGCUGGUCUUCUUCCUGUUCGCGUACCUCAAAGUCCCCGAGACGAAGGGGAAGUCGUUUGAGGAGAUCGCAGCUGCCUUCCGCCGCAAGAAGCUCCCGGCCAAAUCCUUGACGGAGCUGGAAGACCUGCGCGGCGGCGAGGAGGCAUAGGCCUGGCCACACACACAGGAAGGAGGGAUGCAGAAGGAAACGUUAGGCAAAAGUCUCAUUUCAUGAACACCUUGCAGGUGCCAGCCCAGGAGGACACAUCAGUUGCGGGACUUCCGAGCGCUGCCUGCACCAUGCAGCCUCAGGUGCCAAGCUGGCGUUUUGCUCUGAAACUGUUGGUGCAGUUGAGCUGCAGGAAGAGCCAAGGAAAGAAUGGGAGGAAUACCGUACAUGCGUGCCUCUGUGUCCCGCUGCAUUGUGGCAGGAUGAUCUUACUAGCUGGCAAAGCGUUAUAUGAAACAGGGUCAUCACUCAGCUGGAACAAAGGAAAAAGGGGUUGGGUGAUGCAGUAGCUUCAUGCUUUCACCUCUUCUUCUCAUGCUUGCUGCCUCCUCCUGCUGAGUGAUCUGAAGCCUUGAGAAAACGCCUGUUAGUGCAGCUGUGUUAGCAGCACACUGCACAGAUCAUAGAUUCACAUAACAGUUUGGGUUGGAAGGGACCGUAACGUCCAUCCAGUCCCAGCCCUGCCAUAGGCAGGGACACCUCCCAUUAGACCAGGUUCAAAGCCCCAUCCAACCUGGCCUUGAACACCUCCAGAAAUGGAGCACCCACAGCUUCCUGGGGCAGCCUGUGCCAGGGCCUCAUCACCAGGGGGGUCCCACAAGAGCAGAGGGGACACUCACCUCCCUUGACCUUCUGGUCACGCUUCUUUUGAAGCACCCCAGGGUACAGUUGAGUUUCUGGGAUAUAAGUGCUCAUUGCCAGUUCAAAGACAUCUUUUUUUCAUCCACCCAAGUGUUUUUCCUCAGGGCUGCCCUCCAUUCAGUCGUUACCCAGCCUGUAUUCAUGCUUGGGACUGCCCUGAGCCAGGUAUAGGGCCUUGCACUUAGUCUUGUUGAACUUCAUGAGGUUUGCAUGAGCCCACCUCUCAAGCCUGUCAAGCAUUUAUCAGUGUUUUGGGGACAAACUAAGAAACUCUGUCUGGGUUGAUAUGAGUGGUUGCAGACUAUUUCUGUUCCUCUCUGCUUUAUCUCUCCCAUGGUGUGACUAUUGCCAGGUCACCUCCCCUCGCUGCCCUCUGUCUUUUUGUGCAGUGCUUAGACCAACUGUAACAAUUAACCACAGAGUAAAGGGGUCCUGCCUCAUUCACUGGAUGGUGCCCUCCUGAUGUGACCUCCAGUUUGCACCACUUAAGAGUUUGCUGUCUGGACAUGCUUCAGCAAAGGCAGCGUGCAAACAGGAGGCUGUUGUGUUUGCAUAUCCUUCUUUGUGCUUGUUUUGCUUCUUUAUGAGAUACUUCUAUGUGACAAUAUCAAACUGCAAUGAUUUUUCCUCCUUUUGGAGGGAAUAUGUUGGGACCAGCCCUAAAGUCUGCUUUUUGUUACUGGAGCUUUUAAGAUUUGUAUAUUCCUUGCUAUGAAACAAGGCUUUCCAGCAAGCUUCUCAGGAUAGAUACCCCUUAUUUAUUUAGGAAGAAACAUCAGCACUGCUGGGUCACUGUGAGCUCGCAGUGACGGCGAGUACUGCAGUGGCUGUGAUGGGAAGCUUUGUGCUCCCUUCUCUGGUCCUGAGCUUCCUUCCCAUGUGGACUUUGCAAAUUUUUGGCUCUUUCUAAGCGACUGGAAGUGCAGGCACGAGGCUCACCAGGACCAGCAUCGGCCCCAGGUGUACAGUGGAGAAGGAGACUUCACCAUUUCCUGGAAUGCCUGCAAUAACAGCAACAUUAUCUAUAUCUGUUACAUAAAGGUGACCAUGAACAUCAUCUGCAGCGUGUGCUGGCUUGUGCUGUUGUUUCUCCCCUCUGCACAUCUCAGACACGUGUCCAUCUCCAGACAGGAGGUAUUUUUUCCAGCAGGGCACAUUUGCUCUGUGGGUGGUGUUUGCUGCGCAGCUGCAAAGCAUCUCUGCUGGCAUGCAGCUGAGCUUCGUGCAGAUGCCUGAGGAGCAUCAGUCAGUGGCGCUUUCAGGAGGGACUGCAUUCAAAAUUAAUAAUGCAGUGGUGAGGUGUCACUUGUUUAGCAACACACUGAGCCAAGCAGCCUUUGUUUUCCUGCGUGUUACCAAAUAAAUGACAAGAAAAA